CGUUUGUCACCCAGCCCAAGGAAACCACUCUGUAUGAUGACGCCCAGCUGUACAGGAACACAAGGCGAAGAAGCCUAGAUGGUCAGUGAGCCUCACAGCUUUCAUUCCCCUCGGGGUUUUAGAUCUGGAAGGAAGAAAGACGGGCAGCUCUGAACUGGGCAGAACUUCAGGGAAGAUGCAGCCACUUCUGCUUUUGCUGGCCCUCCUGCUGCCCCUUGAGGCCAGGACAGAAAAGAUCAUUGGGGGCCAUGAGGCCAAGCCCCACUCCCGGCCCUACAUGGCAUUUGUCCAGUUUCUGGGCGCAGACUGUAAGAAGAGGUGUGGCGGCGUCCUCGUGGACAUGGACUUUGUUCUGACAGCUGCUCACUGCUUGGGAAGCUCCAUCAACGUCACCCUGGGGGCCCACAACAUCAAGAAGCAGGAGAAGACACAGCAGAUCAUCCCCGUGAGAAGAGCCAUCCCCCACCCAGACUAUAAUCCAAAGAACUACUCCAAUGACAUCAUGUUACUGCAGUGCUUUCCAGAUGCAGGAAGAAGUUUCACGAGGUUGCCAUCAUUGAGCAUGCAUCAGAGAAGGGAUGAAGUUCUUUGCAGCUGUGAAAAUCACGCAUAUUUAUAUGGGCUACAAGAGAGAGCAGCAGCGGCACCUGACUGGGGCAGUCUUCCCAAGAAGAUGUGGCUGCUCAUGCUCCUGACGGCCCUUCUCCUACCGCCCAGGGCUGGGGCAGGGGAGAUCAUCGGAGGCCGAGAGGCCAGGCCUCACUCCCGUCCCUACAUGGCAUAUCUUAUAAUCCAGACUCCAAUGGGGGUCAGCACCUGCGGGGGUUUCCUGGUGAGAGAAGACUUUGUGCUGACGGCAGCUCACUGCAGGGGAAGUACUAUCACCGUCAUCCUGGGAGCUCACAACAUCAGGAGGGAGGAAAGGACCCAGCAGCGCAGGUCUGUGCUCAGAGCCAUCAGCCACCCUGACUAUAAUCCACAGAGCAACGUGAAUGACAUCAUGUUACUGCAGCUGGAAAACAGAGUCACACGGAAUAGAGCUGUGAGCCCAGUGCCUCUGCCUGGGGCACAGGACAGGCUGAGACCUGGGACCGAGUGCACCGCGGCGGGCUGGGGCCUGUUGAGCCUGAGCAGGAGUACAAACAGACUCCAUGAGGUGCAGCUAACCGUGCAGAGGGAUACGAGGUGCCUCGAUCGCUUCAGGUUCUACACCGAUGAAACACAAAUUUGUGUGGGAAACCCAAGGUCAAGGAAGUCCGCCUUCCUGGGGGACUCUGGAGGCCCCCUGGUGUGUAACAAUGUGGCCCAGGGCAUUGUCUCCUACGGAGAUAGCAGGGGGAUUCCUCCAGCAGUCUUCACCAGGGUGUCCAGCUUCACCGACUGGAUAAGAAGAACAAUGGAACGCUUCCAACAGCAGAACCAGACCUGGACCCCGCUGUGACUGAUUCUGCUCUUGGGCGGCUCCAGGGGGCGUGGCCAGAGCCUUAAUAAAUGUCUGUGUCUAGAGUGGAAA